UCACGCCUUCUCUUUCCUACUUCUUCUUAAUUGCCAUUCAACUACUCACACUCUUUUGUGCCAUAACAGAUUAUUACAUUGACAACCUAAGCGCGCAGGACAAGUUGUGCCCCACCCAUGUCGGACGGUAGUUCCAGAGGCGGCGGGACCGCCUCGCUACCGAAGACACCUCACCACCUUCGUCCAGGAGCAGCAAUCGACGAGCUGAUUCGCUCCCUCGAAGCCGAAUGGCGAAUAGGCCUAAAGGUUCGCGGUGCAGAUUGGUCGCCCUUGAGACGCAGUACCAAUGAUCAAGCCGACAAGAUUUAUGGUCAGGUUCAGCACCUCUUCUACUCUGCUCGCGUGGCACUCAAUCAAGCCCUUGCGACCUUCAAGGAACUUGCUCCGUUUUGGCCACAUGAGAAGAGAUUGGAACUACUCUCUGGCGUACUUUCCAGUAAGAAGGGCGAUAAAAACACGAUUUCGAGGACUAGCACGCCAAAGAACGAUCCACCUAAAACCCUCAAGUCAUCACUGAUCGCAGCAGCAGGCCAGGCUCCUCAGUCAGGCAGCUUAUCUCGCGAAUCUAAACACGAUGUGCCGGACUCGUAUACGACCGCUGUGGACCCCGGGUCACCUACGGAUGUGGACACAGACGACGAGUUCGUAACACCUCAAUCGCCCUCUCCAUCGUCCAGAUCAGCCCAGAGCCGCAUGCAGGCAAGUUCAUUCGUCUCUUUGCGAUCCACCACCAGGAAGCGACCCUCAGAUAGCUCCAACAGUUCUAGUCAAUCCCCAAAGUGGACAAAAACCUCACAAGGAAAGCAGGCACUCCAAUCGCCCAAGUCCGGGCCGAUCCCAACUCCACCUCUGUUCAAGAGGCCAUCUCUUGAUAUGGCUCGUUCUUUGCAAACUGCAGCCUCCGGCUUGUCUUCAGUCAAUACGUCUUUCAAUGAUUCGGUAUCUUCAUCGCAAGGGACAACCAACACUGCCAACACAUCCUUCACAUCAUAUGAUGGUACCGCCGACAUACGGGAUUCAAAGGUAACAAGAACGAGUUUGAUCACUGGUAGUUCUUUAAACGACGAGAAUAUUGCCAAUGCGACUACCAAUUCGGGAAGGGAGGUUUUCGAAAAGGAAAAUCAUAAACGACUUGACCGCAUCUUUUCACAAAAUUUGAGCCGCGAAAGUAGAACUACGUUCGGUUCUGUGGAUGAGGAUGGUCUUCGCGACAUGUUGUACAAGGUGGAAGGAGAGACAAGGCCUGUGUCUGCCCUGAAUGCAAAAAAUCAGGAUCCCAAGGGGUUCAAUGUAACAGAAGAUGGCCGAGGACAUACCUCACCUGCCAAAAGUGGACUCUCGAAGAAACGUCAGAUGGAAGGCAUGUCCAUGGACGUUUCACCACUCAAGGAAUCCCCGCGACCCAUUACUCCAGCAGAAUCUCCUCGGAAAGAAUCACACUACAUACGCUGUAUACCUGAGCAAAAUUUGUUUGUCGACGAGGUCCCGACAGACUUCAGUGGAAUCCCAUACUUUGUCCUCUUCAUUUGCCAGCGCAUUGCUGCUGAAACUUCGGUAUCGUUGCCCCAGCUUAUGCAGGAUAUAAACGUUGCUUCAGUCCAUUCUACUGCGGAUGCAUUUUGUACCUCAAUUCGAAAUCACUCGAACCCUAAAGUUGCUCUCCAGAGUACCCAGGGUCACAGUCGAAUCUGGCAAGCUGCAAAGCGUCAGCUCGAUGGCUACACUUUCAAAGGCCGAAUCUCCUUCAAUCCGAAAAGUUCUGGGCAAGUGUUUAGUCUUCAGCUAUCACCAAUCCAUGCCGAUAAGUCAUGUCGGUUUCAGAGGAAGUUCGGUUCCGACCGCUUCCUUUAUCUCAAUGCUCCUGUCUUUGACUAUCUGAAGAUAGACCGCUUCAAUGCAGCCGAAAUGAAACAGGUCGAGUUGCGUUGGAACGAAUGGUUGGUGAGCGACCACUGCUUCCUUGGUCGCAUAUGGAGGGUAUGUCACGUCGAGCCUCUAAAAAGGGGCAAAUCAAGCCGUAGAGCAACCACUCACGACAAAAGAGUUAUUCUCUUCGCCACGGAAGGUUGGGGCGUUGACAUACCGUACUCUAUUGGAGAGAUGCUCAAUUGGUUUCUGCCAUUUGCGUUGAAUAAAAAUCAAACAUUCUGUAAAGCGUACGCUCGUAUUGAGCUUGGGCUUUCGCGAACAGUUUCAACAUUUGGCUUUAAGCCUUCACAGAUCCAACGGAUCCCUGAUACGCUGGCGAAUGGAGAACGAGAAGAUAUACAGUUCAACGAUCCAGCACUAUCCUGGGAAACCAUACCAGAUGAUCAAAUUAUGAACGAUGGCUGCUCCAUGAUGUCAGUUGGUGCUGCAAGAGAGAUUUGGCGACAAUAUAAAGAAGCCACAGGACUAGAAGGACGACUGCCCCUACCAAGUGUGUUCCAAGGGCGUAUUGCAGGGGCCAAAGGCCUAUGGAUGAUCAGCGGAGAAUCAUCCUCACGAGAGCCUAGGGACACUGCCAUCUGGAUACAAAUCAGUGACAGCCAACUGAAGUUCGAGCCGCACAACGAAGAUCUUUCUGACGAGACAUAUGAUCCUCUACGGCUCACUUUUGAAGUCUCCAAUUACAGCUCUACCCCAACUCCGUCCGAGCUCCACAUUUCUUUCAUUCCUAUUAUGAUCGACAGAGGCGUUCCGCAACAGGUCAUUGCAGAUUUUACCGUCGAGUGUCUCAACGCUGAUAGGACUCAGCUACUCGACGUCCUUACAAACCCUGCUAGAACUUACGACUGGCUAUACAGGAAUGGUUCAAAGUCGAGUAACGGUAGCGAAAUCUCGUGGCAAGCGGGUUUGCCAGUGGCAUUAGAAGAGAAGCUAAGGCUUCUCCUCGAGUCCGGUUUCACUCCCAUGAAAUCCUCGUACUUGGCAAGAAACCUUGAACGUUUCAUAACAACACAGCAGAUUUUGCAAGAAUCGUCGUUACGCACUCCUCUAGGAAAGUCAACCUAUCUCUUCGGUGUCGCAGACCCUCUAGGUGUCCUCAAGCCUGGAGAGAUUCACUUACAGUUCUCCUCUAGCUUCGUUGACGAGUUGACAGAAGAUACGUAUCUAAAUCUAAGAAAUACGGAUGUUCUCGUUGCUCGCCAGCCGGCCUGCCGGAGAUCCGAUAUCCAGAAAGUGCGUGCGUUGGUCUGUCCAGAGCUGAACCAUCUUAUAGACGUAGUGGUGUUUCCUUCAAGAGGUGAAUAUCCUCUUGCCGGCAAAUUACAGGGAGGCGAUUAUGACGGCGAUAUAUUCUGGCUAUGUUGGGAACCUAGGCUUGUGGGUCCGUUCAGAAACGCACCUGCGCCCGUGCAAAAGUUAGACUGUGAACAAUACGGGAUCAAAACCCACAAGCAGAAAGUGAAAGACAUCAUGGACCCGACUGAUUUGAAGGAAUUCGACACAUUCUUACGAAAAGCGUUUGAGUUCCGGUCAAACCCUUCACUCCUUGGUCGUGUCACUGUGUACUUGGAAAAACAGGCAUAUAGAGAGAGCAAAGUGUUCUCAUGGACACUUGACAAAUUGUGUGGCCUACACGAUCUUCUUGUUGAUGCGCCUAAGCAGGGCUACACGUUUACGUUGAGCAAUUUCAAACACUACACCGAACACACCCUAUCGAUCAGCGAGCCGCCUAAAACGCCAGCUUACAAGGCUGCGAUGAAGGAUUGCUCACACUUCAAGGAACUAGGUGACGUGGAUAAAGUUAGAGAGGCCGAGUAUCCGUACAAGCCGGACCGAGUGCUAGACUACCUGUACUUUGGGGUCGUUAGAGUACACAACGUUGAAACGAUUGGGCGAGUGAAGGAAUUGCUCUCGAAAGCGUCUACAGCCGACGAGACACUAAUACAUCCGUACAAGUAUCUCGAGGCAAAACAACACAGGGUCAUCAAUGAAGAGUUAGGGCUUCUUAAAGACAACAUCACAAGAUUACGCGACCGUUGGGCCUCUGGGUUUAAGAAGGCUACGACGCCUGAGCAAAGCGAUGUCGUGGCAGUUGAGUGCUACCGAGAGUUCCGCGCCCUUCAGCCAACUCAUAUCGAUGAUCCGGAAGUCAAACCUUGGCUUGAGCCAUAUAGCGGUCUGAACUCCUUCGUAUGGGAGGACAUACGAGCAUCAACGCUGUAUGCAAGAUACCCCUGGCCCGAAAAAGCGAACUUUGUCUUUAAGAUGGCGGGUAGAGAACUUGUCGGCAUGAAGAGCAGGAGCUUUCCAAACAGUAGAUGCAUCGUUGCUCCUAUACACGGGAUCAUGCGGCCUAAGCGUAUCAAGGCGCCAAUAGAGUAUGCGGAAGAGGAAGAGGCGGAAGAGAGCGAGGACGAAUUUACGAGCGCCGUGGAGAAAAUUACUGAGUGACCUGCCCAUGUCCGGGCAGUGGAAAUCUGGAGCCAUUUCAUCCGAUGGUGUUGGCCUUGAUGCCGACCGAACAGUCGAAGCCAUCUAUUCUCCCGGUUGAUUUGAACCCACCUUUUCUUGGAGGGCAUACAGAGGAUACGCCGUUUCU